UUGCGGCGAGGCGGAAGCGGCGCGAUGGCGGCAGGUGAGGGGUCCGGGCCGGUCGUGGCUCCGGUCGCCUGCGGCCCGGCGGGCUGACGGUGCCGCUCUAUGCCCGCAGGUCGGUAGCCGGUGCCGGCGCCAUGGCUCUAAUCGAGGGCGUUGGCGACGAGGUGACCGUGCUUUUCGCGUUACUGCUGGUCGUUGUGGUGCUGGGGCUGGCCUGGGCCUCCACCCGCGCACCUGAGCCUGCCGCGCCGCCCCGCGUCGCCGUCCCGCUGCCCGAGGAGGGCCCGAGCGCUGCCCCGACACCCGUCGAGCACAAGGCCCCGGCGGCGGCGGCGGCCGGAGCGGCCCCCGAUGGGGCGGGCGGGCUGGCGGCGGGGCUGCGGCCCCGGGCCGGCCCCACAGCCGCGCAGGACCCCCUGGCUGAGGGGGACGGCGGCCCCGCCGAGCCCACCAUGGUGCUGCGGCUGAAGUUCCUCAACGACACGGAGCGUCUGGCCCGGGUGCGCCCCGGAGACACCGUCGGGGCCCUGAAGAGGGCCUAUUUCCCCGGGCAGGAGCAGCAAGUGCGGCUGAUCUACCAGGGCCAGCUGCUGCGCGACGACACCCAGAGCCUGGCCGCCCUGCACCUCGCCCACAACAGCGUCCUGCACUGCCACAUCUCCCAGCACAGCCCGGCCCCCGCGCCCGCCGGCCCCCACGCCUCUGCCGACCCCGUGCACGCCGCCCUCAACGUGGGCAGUCUCAUGCUGCCACUCUUCGUGCUGAUGCUGGCCGUGCUCUGGUACUUCCAGCUGCAGUACCGCCACGUCUUCACCGCCACCGCGACCACCUUCCUGGCUGGCCUCACCCUCCUCUUCAGCUUCAUGGCCUUCACCAUGUACCGCAGAUAGCACGGCCCCGCGCCCCCAAAGGAGCCGCCGCACCCGGAAUGAGCUCGGUCCCGGCUGGAGGCCGCCUGCCGCACCUGAACCUGGGGGGUCUGGGCCGUGGACUGUGUCCCCAGGGGCCGAGGGCCAGGCAGGAGGCAGGCAGCCUGCCCGCACGCCGUCGCCCUGGGGCCGGGGCUGCCGCAGGACCGAGCGCCGUGCCGCCUCUGGGGAGGGGCGGGAGGGUCCCGGUGCCCCCCCCAGCCCUGCACGGACCGUCUGCCUGCCCCCGCCCCCCCUGCGUCCCUG